UGUUCGGUGAAUUGUGAAUUGAUGUAUUUUGUAUAUUUCAACCAUACACUCAAUCAUUUAAAUAUAUUUCGGAAGAGACAUUAGAUUUUCUUUUCCUCUAAAGCUCUUCCACACGGCCUAUAUUUUCAAUUCAAUAAGUAAAUAUCCCUUCACAUCAGAACUUUGGAUAAUCCCCAAAUUGCGCGCUUUCGUCUACUUCGCUCGUGUUCAUUUCCAUCAAUUUCUUCUACGAUAGCCAAUUCGAAGUCUUUUGACCCCCAAACGAAGAAUCUACAUACAUCGGAACUUUUUACGAACGGGAUAAUACAAUGGCGGAUAUUGAUGAUGAACUUCUCGCUCUUGCAGGAGAUGAUUCUUCUGGAGAAGAACAGGUCGCAACAAAUGAUGGGGGAAGACACAGUUCUUCAUCGCCUGAUCGUAAUGGGGCGGUAAAGAGUGCAGCUAAGAAAGGUGGAAAGAAGGGAGGUAGACGAAAUGAUGAUUCCGAGGAAGAAGGUGAAGCGUAAGUUUUCUUCUACCACGACGAUCAUCUGAUGCCAUAUUCCAUCUUGUCAGAGAUGCGCGGAGAUUGAUCAUGCGAGAUUCUUCUACAAUAUUCAUACGCAGCUAGGUAUUGUGCUAAUAUUAUGGAACAGUUCUUCUGGUGAUGAAUCCGUUCGUUCGGAACGAUCAGCCCCAAUGGAUGAAUCUGAUUCCGAUUCCGAUGGCCCUAGUUUUCGCGAUGAUGCUGAUCGAUAUCCUCUCGAAGGUCGUUUUAUGAAUGCAGCCGACAAAGCAAGCAUUAUGUCUAUGCCUGAAAUUCAACGUGAGCAGGUCUUGGCUGAUCGUGCACAAGAGAUUGAAAGGGAUCGACAGAACAGAGCACUUCGUCAACUGUUAAAUGCCCGUGAUGCAGAGAAUAAAAAGGCGGACAAAAAGCGCAAGGCAGGUACUGCGGAUUUGGACGAAAACCAGCGCAAAACGUCUCGCCAACGUACCAAGCUUGGUGGUGGGAAGGUUGGAGAAUCUAGCACUGGAAUUGACAGUCUUAAGCGUGCAAGAGCUGAGAAAAACGAUCGACAACGUCGCCGCGAUCAAGACAAGGAGCGCCGUGGGGAUGAUGGUCGAAGAGAUACCCGCGAUGAUUAUUCAGAUGAUGAUGGCGAAGAAGAUAGUGAGGUUGAAUGGACAGCAUCAAAGUCAAAGAAAAGGUCUGCAUCUCCAGAUUAUCGAGAUGCAGAACCAGCAGUUCUAUACGAUCUUGAACGAGUUCGAGUUGGUAGAAGUAGAUUUGCCAUGGUCUGCUUUUAUCCUAGGUUUGAUGAAGCUAUUACUGGAUGCUUCGUUCGAGUAAAUAUUGGUGUUGAUAAGGAGACUAAUCAAAACCUUUAUCGCAUGGGCCUUGUUAAAGGUUAAUAUAUCAAUUAUUCUUAUGAUAAUUACGCUAACUCUAUCUCAGGCUUCAAAGAAGAUAAACCAUAUGCUAUGAUGUCUAGUAACGGGAAGCAAUUUUCGACUACACAAUAUGUGAUUGCUGCACAUGGUAAAUCUGAGAGAUCAUGGCCAUUUAUCGCCUGCUCAGAUUCUCGAUUUACAGAGGCUGAAUGGCAAAGAUAUAAGCAAAACUGUAUCGCUGAUGGUAUACCUGUUCCAACAAAGCCAAAGUUGAUGCAAAAGUGUGCGGAGAUUAAUGCUCUUGUCAACAGACCUUGGACUGAAGCCGAGCUACAAGAGAAGUUGAAGAAAUCGGGGGUUUUGACCGAAAAAUGGAAUGCAACCGAACGUGUGCGUCUUACCAACGCUAUCAAGGAACAGAAAGCCCUUGGCAAUACCGAAACGGAAGAGAAGUAUCGUUCAGAACUUGAAGCACUCGAGAAUUCCAAACUGGCUUAUGGAACUACCCUCAAAUCAACGCCAAAGAAGAUGGUUCACUCUCAACAAGACCGACUGGCCGAAUUAAAUCGAUUAAAUCGUCGCAAAAAUAUCGAGGAAGUACGGCAAGCACAAAUUAAUGAACGUCGUGCAGCUCGACAGGCUGAAGCGGCGAUUGCUCGUGGAGAAAUAGUUGAUGAAGAUCACUCGAGACGUGUCAAAACUCGUGCUACUUUCAAACAUGAUCAUACUGGAGGUAAAGAUAGUGCAACUGCUACUCCAGUCAGUGGUACCUCCACCAAUAAUACCCCUAAACUUGCGGCUAAGAAAGAUGCUCUACCGGUACCGAAUUUCAGUAAGCUGCAAACGACCAUGAAGGGUGGAGUUCCUGGAUUCAGAAGACCUUUGAUGGAUGAUGAUAUUAUUGCUAGUAUCGAUAUUGGUAUUAGUGAUGAUUUGGAGUUGUAAAGGAUGGUCGUUUUGGAGUGAAGGAAUGGGAUUUAGAGAGAGAUGGACACGGACAUGUGAUGAAGUGGACCGAAAUGGCAUGCAGUAUAUUGCUCCACAGGCAUCUAUCAACCAUUCAUCCCCAUUUCUUCAGCGAGAAACUACAGCCAGCGCGCAAUCAAUUGUAUUUACAUAGUGGGAACAAUAAGGAAUUUUUAAGGGCAAGACGAAUGGUACGAAUUGGUGCAGAUGGGCAUUAUGAAUGGAGAAAUGGGAUGGAAUUUACAGAUAUGAGAAACUUGAAGGAUUAGUUAAUCUGUGUUUUUUCUUCACUAGCAUGAGUUGCUUUGAUUGGUUAUUUUGGAUUUAGGAAAUGUUGGGAUGAGGAUCGGAGUGAUAAAGGUAUUGACUGAUUGAGAGGGAGAGGGGGGGAUGGAAAGAUAAAUAGAAGAUGAGAGGAGGAUGAAUGAGGAAAUGAAUACUAGAAAAAUAACUAGAGACAGAUGAUAAACUUGGGAUUCUCAGAAUCCUGGUCAGCAUAGUGGGUAUAGCGUAGUGUGUAGAUGAAUGAAUCAGCAGAUUUUUGGGAUAGUAGAUGUGUAC